GAGAUCAUUUGAGGAAUCGAGGAGGAAGCUUCACAACUUUCUUUUGGGUAUUUCGCUAAAUAUUUUGAUUCAUAAGAGGCAAGAUUGACUGAAGUAGCCGAAGACCUAUUUAUGCCUACAAAUAUCUAUCUACUAAAUCACAUGGGGACAUGCUCUUCAUUUAUGUUGAAGUAUGGUUGGCACUCUGAAAUUGGGUGGAAGUUGGGCUUCAAGGGGACCCUUAGAAAUUUGGUGAAAUGACGUUCCAGGGCCUAGAACGUGUCAAGAGGAAGGUGCACAGAAUCAGGGAUUUGAAAACAACUGUUGCGUGCCUCCAUAAAAGGAGAUGAGUGUUUUUUGUUUCCAUGCAAAUCUCCCAGAGGUUUCAACUUCAACGUGUGGUGUUGGGCAUGCACUCCCAUUCUCCUUCCACUAGUGUUUAUCCUGUCACUGUCCCUGCAUCAGAGCCUGAGCAGCCCAGAGCCUGAUUCUCUGGGACAAGAUACAAGAUAAAGAGGCCAGGAGUACGAAAAGAGGGACAAGAAAAAGAGGAGGAAGAAGAAAUGGAGAAUGGAACAAAUAAAUGGGGUUUUGAGGACGCUGAGAACGGGCCUGAUACAACAACUACAAUCACCAUCAAAGGCCUUAUCAGUCUGUUGAUGGCCAACAUUGAUGAGGGCAACAACAAGAGACUCAUCUCUCUGGGUAUGGGUGACCCUUCAGUCUACACUUGCUUCCACACCAGCCAUGUUGCCACAGAAUCUGUUGUUGAUGCUGUUGAAUCCAACAAGUACAAUGGCUAUGCCCCAACUUCGGGUCUUCCUCAAGCAAGAAAGGCAAUUGCUGAAUAUCUGUCUCGGGAUCUUCCAUAUAAGUUAUCGCUUGAUGAUGUUUUUAUCACAUCUGGCUGCACACAAGCUAUUGAUGUUGCAUUGUCAAUUCUUGCUCGUCCUGGUGCAAAUAUCUUGAUUCCAAAUCCAGGUUUCCCAAUUUAUCAACUUUCUGCUUCUUUUAGAGGUCUAGAAGUUCGUUUCUAUGAUCUUCUCCCUGAGAAGGGGUGGGAAGCUGAUCUUGAUGCUAUCAAAGCCCUUGCUGAUCAGAAUACUGUCGCAUUGGUAAUUAUAAACCCCAACAAUCCUUGCGGGAGUGUAUAUUCUUAUCAACAUUUGAAGAAGACUGCAGAAACUGCAAGGAAGCUCAGCAUUCCUGUCAUUGCUGAUGAAGUCUAUGGACACCUUGCUUUUGGGGGUAACCCAUUUGUGCCAAUGGGAGUUUUUGGAUCGAUUGUUCCAGUUCUUACUCUUGGAUCUCUAUCAAAGAGAUGGAUAGUUCCUGGUUGGCGCCUGGGUUGGUUUGUGAUAACUGAUCCCAGCUGCUUGUUCAUUACUCCCAAGAUUGUUGAGCGCUUGAAGAAGUAUUUUGAUAUUUUAGGAGGUCCUGCAACAUUCAUUCAGGCUGCAGUCCCUCGUAUCAUGGAGCAAACUGAUGGGACUUUCUUUAAGAAAACCAUCAACUUACUAAAGCAGGCCUCGGAUAUUUGUUUGGAAAAGAUCCAGGAGAUCCCUUGCAUUACUUGCCCACAUAAACCAGAGGGAUCCAUGGCUGUAAUGGUGAAGCUGAACCUUUCACUACUGGAAGAUAUUAAUGAUGAUAUUGACUUCUGUUUCAAGCUGGCCAAAGAGGAAUCGGUGAUCAUUCUUCCAGGAGUUGCAGUGGGACUGAAGAAUUGGCUUCGCAUUACCUUUGCUGCUGAUCCAUCCUUUCUUGAAGAAGGUUUAGAGAGGAUAAAAUCUUUCUACCAUAGGCACAGUAAUAUACAACAUAGCAACUAAAAAUCAAGUCAUCCAACAGCAGUGACCUACAACAUCGUCUUGGAUUUUUGUUCUUCUGUAUAGUUCUUGUAAAUGACACAUUGAAUAAUUCUUUGCUACAAUUGUAUUUGUGAUGGUAGUAAUAAUUCCUUAACAAAUAAAUAUUUGGACCUUCAGAGCUUCCUCUUUGGUGAAUUUGGUAUGAACACUUCUGGGCUUUGUGUUUACUGAGACAGGUUAUGAUUCAGAUAGCUUGUAGUCACAUUGUUAGAAGGAUGAAUAUGAGGAACCAGGAACUGUCUAAAACUUCAUGAGCAAGUUCCUCGCAGGUAGAAAUUAGCAUGAUCAGAAACAUGCUUGAAUCCAAAUGCUUUAGUGUGCAGAAAUAUAUAAUGCAAAGUUUGUCCUGCAGAGCAGGCUUACUUGAUCGCAUUAUAUUUUUAUGAAUUCUUCAGGUGGGUUGUGAAGGGAUCAAGCUUAGGCAGUUAAUCAAGUCAAAAUUCUUCAGCCUCUUGCUCUUGAGGUUCUUUUUUUGGACCCUCUCUGGAUGCCAUAGGGUAAGUUUUGGCAAUACCCAUGAAAGAAAGCAGUACCCAGAAAGCUGCAAGUUGAUCUACAUAAAAGUGGAUUCCCCUCUUCAUGCUUGUAUAUCAUCUGAGCCAUGGAAAAUUGCUAGUCCUCUUCUGAUGAAGCCAGGUGAGUCUUCUCAUCUUUGUUCAGGUUCUGGCAAUUUUUCUACUGGUUUGAUAUGAUGGUCUGUUGAACUUGUGCAUAUCAAUAUAUGAAAAUUUGGCUCAGAUAUUUGUUGGGAAAAGAUAAAGGAGAACCCUGUUCAUUACUCGCCCGCAUAAACCAUAGAAAUCCAUGGAUGUAAUAGAGAGGAAAUAGCAGAUCUGCUUUUCUGUAUGUUUAUAUGAAUAUGGUUUUAUGGAGCUGUCCUGCUUAUUGUCAACCACUACUACUAAUAUCUUUCUGCUAUGCAGGUGAAGCAGAAACUUUCACUACAGGAAGAUAUUAGUGAAGACUAAAAGUUUGUAGUCAGCCAACAGAGCAGCAACCAACACCCCUGCACCUUGGAUUCUUGCUCCAUUGUAUGGCUAUUUUCAAUCACAACAUUGAAUCAUCGUUCGCCUUCAGCUCCGUUUGUACUGCUUUUUGCUAAUAAGUCAUAGCUAAUGUUAGAGCUUCCUUUU